AUGAAUUUCCCUUUGUGCACUCUCACGGCGGUUACUAGGAUUGGUUCCGACCAUUGCCCACUAGUGCUGGACAAUGGUGAGAAGGGUCUCGUUCGCUCCCCACGGUUCUUCUUCCAGACGUGGUGGUUCGGUGUUCCAGGCUUUGGGGAGAUGGUGAAGGGCAAGAUCCAGCAAGCCUUGGGUACGGUGCGUUCUCCUUGCUCCAGUAUUGAUGCUUGGCAAAACAUUGCCCGGUGCUUGCGACAAUUCCUCAAGGGAUGGGGUGCUAACUUAGGCAAGGAGCGGAGGGUCUUUAGGGAGGAUCUGAUCAGGCAUAUUGAACAGCUAGACCUGACUGCUGAUGCGGGUGGGCUGGAUGACGAGGGCUGGUCCCUCCGCUAUACCCUGGAGGAUCAGAUAAUCGCCUUGGACUCUUUAGAGGAGGAAUACUGGAGACAGAGAAGCAGGGUUCGUUGGACACUAAAAGGGAAUGCGUGCACGGCCUACUUUCACGCCUUCGCCAAUGGGAGACGACGGAAAUGCAUGAUCCCUCGUCUGCUAACGGAUGCCGGGGAGGUUUCCGUGCAGCAGGACUUGGUGGACCACAUUUACGAUUUCUACAAGGGACUUAUGGGGGCGGCCGGGGAGAAGAGGGUCUUCUCCCUCGCUCCCAAUCUAUGGCCGACUGAGGCGUGGAUCUCCGAAGGGGACAACGCGGAGCUUGAACUUACCUUCACGGCGGAGGAGCUGGAUUCAGUGCUUGCUAGCAUGAAGCCGGACUCCGCUCCAGGGCCGGAUGGGCUGCCGGUGGCCUUCUUCAAGAAUUUUUGGGAAAUUCUUAAGGGCCCCAUUCUUGCUAUCCUAAACGACUUCACUCUAGGGAGAGUGGACAUUGCGCGGCUGAACUAUGGCAUUAUCUCGCUUAUUCCGAAGGGGCAAUAUACCCUUACAGUGAUAGGGGUCGACGACACUGAGAAGCUAAGGGUAGCUAACUCGCUCAACUGCAACCUUGGGACCCUCCCGAUGAAGUAUCUAGGGCUGCCGGUUUCGGAUAAGACCAUGUCGGUAGAGGAUUGGCACUUCCUGACGGAGAAGGUGGGACAUAGGGUUGACCCAUGGCAGGGGCUCUUUCUGGCUUCCGCUGGGAGACUGGAACUUACUAAUUCUUGUCUCUCGAGCCUCCCGAUGUUCGCGAUGGGGAUCUACCUCCUCCAUGAGACGACACAUGGGGAGAUGAACAAGUCCAGAGCUCGAUUCCUUUGGGAAGGGGUGGGCAACAAGAGGAAAUACCAUAUGGUGGAUUGGGCCACUGUCUGCAAACCUCGGGAAUUUGGGGGACUGGGAGUCAUUAACACGAGGCUCAUGAAUAUCUCCCUGAUGCUCAAGUGGAUCUGGAAACUGUACCAGGGGGCUGAGGGUCUUUGGGCAGACCUAAUCAAAGCCAAGUACCUUGGUGGGAAUGAUCUAUUUUCACCCGUGGUUCCCACCAAGGGCUCUCAGUUCUGGAAUGCCAUCCAAAAGAUAAAGUGGUACUUCAAAUUGGGGGCAAGGCACAAUGUCGCAGAUGGGAGACGGACAUACUUCUGGCUUGAUUGGUGGACUGGGAGGGGCCUUUUAAGGGACCUCUUCCCACGCCUCUUCCAAUGCUGCGAUAACCCAUUUGCGACGGUUGCUGGGGUACGGGACGCCAAUGGGUGGCGUAUCCGUUUCAGGAGGACCUUUGGACUUGCAGAAACGGUGGAAUGGGAAAACUUGUGUAGGAUCUUCGACCUCCACCCCUACACCACAGGGGAGGACGAGGUGAAGUGGUCCCUAGAGGCCUCGGGAGAGUUCUCCACUAGGUCAAUCUAUGGACGACUAAUGCAUGGGGCGGUAGUAACUCACUUCAAGGAGGUCUGGAAGACAAGGGUUCCUCCGAGGAUUAGGGUUUUCCUUUGGCAACUCAUUAGGAACAGAUUGCCUUCUGGAGUUCAGGUGGCCAAACAUAAGGGUCCUACCAAUGGUGCAUGUGCUCUUUGCGGGGAGCAGGAGGACUGCGAUCACAUCUUCUUCUCAUGCCACCUUGCGAAGCUGAUGUGGGCGGGAGCUAGGGAGCUCCUGCACUGCGAUUGGAAUCCAGCCGGGGCUGGACAGUUCAUUGGUCUCGUCCAGAAUAUAUCGGGGUCCUUGCGUAGGCUAGCUUGGUUCACCUUUGCGGCUCAGUGUUGGGCGCUUUGGAACAUUAGGAACACACUAGCUAUGGAAGGGAAAACUAUCAACAACCCCGCUGAUGCUUUCUUUCACAUGCUCACCUAUAUGCAUAGGUGGAGGGUCCUCGUCAAGCCAAGGGAUCGAGAGUUGCUGGACGCGCUGAUGGGCGAGGUUAGGAGCCUGCAGUCGAGACUUCGAGCAGGAGCCUGA